UUCUUAACUCCAUAACAAAGUUUAUUGAGUGAAUCUGGAAACUGUCAUUGCGGAACUUGAAGAUUGUCAACAUCAACAAUAAACAAAAUGAAUUGUGUUCGAUUGAAUAAUGGAAUACAAAUGCCUGUUUUAGGAUUGGGAACAUUUCUUCUUCAAUCUCCUGAUGUAAUGGCUAUUACAGAAGCUGCUUUGAGACAAGGAUAUAGAUUAAUAGAUACUGCUGCAGUAUACAGGAACGAAAAUUCUAUUGGUCAAGUUUUGAAGAAGACAGAGUCGUAUAAUGUUCAUCGAGAUGAUGUAUUUAUUACUAGUAAAUUAGGCCCAACUCAUCUAGGGGCUGAGAAGGCUCGAAUGUCUGCUCUUUCCUCUCUUGAUUCAUUACAGCUUAGUUAUUUAGAUUUGUACCUGAUUCACUGGCCCGGUUCUGCUGGAAUUAAGACUGAUAACCCCAUGAAUGCUCAACUCAGGAAGGAAAGCUGGUUAGAACUAGAAAAAAUGUACAAAGAAGGUAAGUUUAAAGCUAUUGGAAUAUCUAAUUACACCAUACAGCACAUAAAAGAACUACUUGAAUACUGUAGUGUUGUACCUGCUGUUUUACAGAUUGAAGUUCAUCCUUACCUUAAUCAGAAGUCUUUAAGGGAAUUUUGUGCAAAAGAAGGGAUUCAUGUUCAAGCUUAUUCUUCUAUUGGAUCGAGAUCUGGAUGCAAAGAAUUACUAUCUGAUCCAACUGUGAUAAAAAUAGCUGAAUAUCACAACAAAACAUGUGCUCAGGUGUUGCUAAGAUGGGCUGUACAACAUGGGAUGAGUGUGAUUCCCAAAACAUCGAAUUUAGGUCGGUUAAAAGAGAACAUGGACAUUUUUGAUUUUUCAUUAACAUCUGAACAAAUGCAGAAGCUGGACAAUCUCGAUAAAAAUAAGCAUUUUUGUUGGAACCCCGAAGAUAUAAAAUGAUCUAUAUUCUUUGAGACUUCCUUUUUUUCCAUUGUAGCAUUUAAAUUUUGAAUAAAUAUUGCCUGUGUUCCUUUUUAUAUGUAAAA